GGACUCUGGAUUAGCACGUGCCUUUGGAGGUGCAGAGACACGACGGUGGAAACAUAAAGGAUGACGUACCUUGUGGUGAAAUUCUUCAGUUUUUUUGUUUUCUUUGUGUCAGCACAGCUACCCUCCCCGGCGUGGGCGCAGCAGUGCCCGUCCCGCUGCCGCUGCGCCGCCGACCCCCCCGCGUGUGCCCCCGGUGUCCGCCUAGUGCUGGACGACUGCGCGUGCUGCCUCGCGUGCGCCCGCCAGAGGGGAGAGCAGUGUUCCGCAAGCAGCCCGUGCGACGCGCGCCGGGGUCUGCGCUGCGACUACGCCGCUAACGUGCACAGGAGGAGCGGCGUGUGCAUGGCACGUGAAGGGAAGGUCUGUCGCCUUGACGACGGCGUUUACCGGGACGGCGAGACCUUCUUCCCUAGUUGCAAGUACCAGUGCAUGUGCCAGGACGGCAACAUCGCCUGCGUGCCGCGCUGCGACCUCGACGUCAUGCUGCCGGGGCCCGACUGCCCCUCCCCCCGUAAAGUGCAGGUCCCAGGCCAGUGCUGCGAGCAGUGGGUCUGCGUGCCCCCGUCCGAGCCCACGUCUGAGGCCAGCCCCCUCGGGGGCUUCGCCAUGGCUGCAUACAGGCAGGAGGAGACUCUGGGCUUUGACCCCAGCCUGAACUGUAUCGAGCAGACGUCGGUGUGGAGUGCUUGCUCGCGUACGUGUGGCCUGGGGAUGUCCACACGGGUCACCACCCGGAACCCCCAUUGCAAGAUGGUCAAGCAGAGCCGCCUCUGCCUCGUCAGGCCCUGCGACCAAAAGCAGCACGUUGCCACGACGCUGGAGAAGGGGGACAAGUGCCAGAAAACGAAGAGGACCCUGAAGCCCACCCACUUCAGUUUCAAGAACUGCACCAGUGUGCAGACGUACAAGCCGCUGUACUGCGGAUCCUGCAGUGACAACCGCUGCUGCACGCCACAUAGCACCAGGACCGUGCAGGUUGCAUUCAAGUGUCCUGGCGGCAGGUCACUAAGGAAACUCGUCAUGUUUAUCAACACCUGCGUCUGCCACUCGUACUGCCCCCUGGAGGACGCUCCCUACCACCUGCCCAACCAUAGCCACAGCAUCCCAAGGAGAUGAGCGGGUAGCUGGAUUGAAAAGGCCUGCAUGGAAAUAACACCGCAGUGCUGCAGAAGACUAGCACAUUUUCUUACGAAAGAUAAUGCCGAACACAGAUCUAAAGGUCUAACAGAUUCAUCCAGCAGGAAUGGCGAUAUUCAUCUGUUCCUCGUGUCUUGUUUUUGAGAUCUGUGACUGUCACAACUAUUUCAAAUAUGUUAAGGAAGCACAAACCACUGAUGUAUCAGAAACACAGACUUAGGUUAGUGAUCGGUACCUAUGCAUCAGCUAGACAGGUGAAUAGCAGUUCAGCGCUUUCGCUUGAGUUGUAGAAGCGAUCUUCAGAAACUUUCAUGAAUUUCAGCCAUCAAGUGAGAGUUACAUUAUAGUUAAAGUAUGAGUAACACUCUAGUGAGAGUAUGAGUAACAUUGCAGUGAAAGUAUGUGUAACACUCUAGAGUAUGAAAAACUUGUAGUGUAUGAGUAACACACCAGUGAGAGUAUGAGUAACAUUGUUUUGAGAAUAUGAGUAACACUCCAGUGAGUGUAUGAGUAACAUUGUAGUGAAAGUGUGUAACACUCUAAUUAGAGUAUGAAAAACUUGUAGUGUAUGAGUAACACUCCAGUGAGUGUAUGAGUAACAUUGUAGUGAAAGUAUGUGUAACACUCUAAUUAGAGUAUGAAAAACUUGUAGUGUAUGAGUAACACUCCAGUGAGAGUAAGAGUAACAUUGUAGUGACAUCCAGUCCAUCAUGUCUGUGAGUCGUGGGAACAAACCAGGCUAGCUGGAGGAACACAGACGAUCCACACAGAGAGCAGUGACUGAAACCCUGUAGCCCUAGAGGUGUCGAGAGCGACAGCAUCCCUGCCCAGCCGCCUGGCCGGCCCUCAGUGGAAUAUAUAUAUAUAAAAGUCAUAUAUAACUUCUGUAAAUGUUACCUGUAUAUAUGUUCACAAUAUAUAUGACUUUUCCAGCAAUGACCAAUGGCAAAAUAUUGCAAUAAAUAUGUAUUUUUAUA